AUGACCGUCAGACUUACAACCAGGAUAGCCAAGGCCGGUGGCAGAGCACACUGGGCCCGGCGGCCAGGGAGGCUGGCUGUGACCCUGGCCUGUGUCCCCGCAGGGUCUGUGUACGAGAUGAGCGGCAGCGAGUGCUGCUUGUCCACGGGCGACCUGGUGAAAAUCAUUGGCCUGCACCUCCAGAAGGUCACCUGCGAGGACCCAGAGACCGGGCUAGUGAGAGAGCUGCAUAGCGAGUGCUGCUUGUCCACGGGCGACCUGGUGAAAAUCAUUGGCCUGCACCUCCAGAAGGUCACCUGCGAGGACCCAGAGACCGGGCUAAAGCUCAGCCGGGGAGAGCAGCUCUGCAGACUCGGAGUCUCCCUGGCUGUUGUCGGAAACUCGUGGGGUCUGACUCCCAGCUUCGCCGUGCUGGGUCGGGGGGAGACGUGGCUGGGCUGGGGCACCUGGCUCUCACCGAGGCAUCUCCCGGCAGUGCGGAAGGAGGUGGUGAAAAUCCCCUCCACCCUGGAAGUGGACGUGGAGGACGUCACCGAGGCAUCUCAGCACAUCAACUUCAUCAAGCCGCUGCUGCUGAGCGAGGUCCUGGGGCUGGAGGAGACCUUCCCCAGGCAGGCCGAGAUCCUGGAGGGUCCUGGGUACCCGCCCAUCUUUGAGAACGACUGGAUUCCCCGCCUGCACAAGGGGCAGAAGAUCCAAAUCCACGGCGUGUCCUGUGCCUGGAGGGUCCUGGCCUCAUCCUGCAAGGGCAGGAAGGGCUCCCGGCACUUCCUGCUCUCCAGCACCUACCAGGGCAAGUUCCGGAGGCGCCCCCAGGAGUUCCCCAGGAGCAGCCCGGGCCUGCACGUGGUGGUGACCAAGGACUGCGAGAACCCCGAGGAGGAGCCGCCGUCUCUAAGCGCCAGGCAGGAGGUGCUGCGCUUGGCCACGGCCCAGGUGCGCCAGCAGGGGCAGCCCAUGUCCAUCGAAGUGCUCCUGUGCAGCAGGCACAUCGAGGAGGAUGAGGAGAGCGAACCGGUCAUGCUGCCGCUGCACAUGGAAGGCGGCUUCGUGGAAGAGCUCAGCGACAACCGGCGCUACAGCCUCCUCGAGGUCGUGCAGCAGCUUCAGCUGCCCUGCGAGGUCAAGGUGGCCUCCAAGGACCCUUCCCUGGCCAAUGACGUCCUGGGCUCCUUCUCCGCCCUGCGGCUGGAAGCACAAAUCACGGAGCCCUUUGUAGUGACCAGCUUGUGCGAGGAGGCCCCGCUGGCU